GGCGUGACGUCAGACGGUCCUUUAGAAGGAUGGGACCUAGUCUCCACCGCACCCCGAUGUAUUUGCCGAUCCCUCGAUAGCUGCUCUCAGCUCCAGAGUGCUAUACCGACUGGCGGAUAGUGACCUUCUUGCGAGGGGGCUGGCCCCCCCUCUUUUUGUCCCCCUCCUGGCCGUACACUUUGGCAGGGACAGCAGCAAAUGGUUGGGCCGGAGGAUGCCGGUGGCCAGGGGACUCCUUCCUUCUACCGCUGUGGGGAGGACAGUGACUGUGUGACUGAGGGAGGCGAGGAAGCUGAGGAGGGGGACGGGGACGCGGGGGUGGAUCUGCUCCAUAUCUACAUUACUAGCCCGGCUAUGAGACUGACUAAUGGGGACCUGGGCUUCCUGCCUCAGGCCGGAGAUUCUGUGCACAGCCCGAUUCCCAAUGGUGGGUUAGUAGUGUCCGCUGACCCGGUCACUGAAAGAUGCAGCUGUCAGCGCGAGUGCUGCGGACUGGGGGACGAGCCGCUCCCGGCUGAGGCUUCCCCUGGUCAGUCAGACUUUCUGCGGGCAGACAAGCAGGACUCUCUGCGGACUUCUCCCGACCCACCAGGCCAUUUACUGUCACCCUCUAGUAACCCCGACUCUCUGCAGUCCCCCCCUAGCCAGCCCGACCCUCUGAGGACACCCGCUAGCACUUCCCCAGCCUCAAGCUCCAGCUCGUCCCCUGUCAGCGCGCACACAGUAUCUGGAUACUUUGUGUCUGGUGACUCGGACCGGUUCCGUUUCCCCAGCUCCCGCAAUACGUUCGAGGUUAGCCGCAGACAGAGCGCUCCGGAUCACCUGGCAGACGGGCUGAGCCUACCUGAUGGGAGCCCCGAGCCUUCAGAGCAGGACGGGGACAGACCCUGGAGGAUCACUGACUUCAUCACAAGGAACUUUUUUUCUAAAAGAUCAAAGGAACUCAAAACUCCAUCCCUGAGCGCGCCUGGCUGGAAGUUAUUUGGCAAAGUGCCUCCAAGAGAAAAUGUUCAAAAAGACUCUAAAAUCAUUCAGCAGGAUGACAGUUCUGGCAGUCUAUCUUCAGUCUCGACGCCAAAUCUAUUAAACACAGGGGAAUAUGAAGCUCGCACGGGAAGAACAUGCAAAGCUUCAGCUCAGUCCUCAAGACGUAAAAAAUUUGAGUUUGAACCACUUUCCACCACUGCUCUUAUUUUGGAGGACCGACCUGCGAAUCUUCCUGCUAAAUCUGUGCAUGAAACCUUGCGUCACAGACAGGAGUAUGAUGAAAUGGUUGCAGAGGCAAAGAAACGUGAGGUAAAAGAGGCACAGAGGAAAAAAAAACUAAUGAAGGAAAGAUUUAAACAAGAGGAAAACAUUGCAAAUGCUAUGGUGGUUUGGAAUAAUGAAAUUCUGCCUAACUGGGACGCUAUGCGAAAUACAAGAAAAGUCAGAGAUUUGUGGUGGCAAGGUUUACCUCCUAGCGUGCGAGGAAAAGUAUGGAGUUUAGCUAUAGGAAAUGAACUUAAUAUUACACCUGAACUUUAUGACAUCUUCCUGUCUAGAGCUAAGGAGCGGUGGAAAAGUUUCAGUGAAACAAGCUGCGAGAAUGAUACAGAAGAUGCAGGAGUGUCUGUUUCUGAUAGAGAAGCCAGCUUGGAGCUAAUUAAAUUGGACAUAUCCAGAACAUUCCCAUCACUGUACAUCUUCCAGAAGGGUGGACCCUAUCAUGAUCUGCUGCACAGUGUCUUAGGGGCAUAUACCUGCUACAGGCCUGAUGUUGGCUAUGUUCAAGGCAUGUCUUUCAUAGCAGCAGUACUUAUUCUGAACUUAGAAGAAGCAGAUGCAUUCAUAGCUUUUGCCAAUCUCCUAAACAAACCGUGCCAGCUGGCCUUCUUCCGGGUGGAUCACAGCAUGAUGCUGAAAUACUUUGCUGCCUUUGAAAUAUUCUUUGAAGAGAAUCUUCCCAAACUUUUUCUUCACUUUAAUUCGUACAGUCUUACACCAGACAUCUAUUUGAUAGACUGGAUCUUUACAUUAUACAGUAAAUCACUGCCACUUGAUUUUGCCUGCCGAGUAUGGGAUGUCUUCUGCAGGGAUGGAGAAGAGUUUUUAUUUAGAACAGCGCUGGGAAUCCUCCGGCUGUAUGAAGAUAUUCUCCUGCAGAUGGACUUUAUUCACAUAGCACAGUUUCUAACAAAACUGCCUGAAGACAUCACAUCAGAAAAGCUCUUCAGUUGCAUAGCUGCUAUUCAGAUGCAGAACAGCACUAAAAAGUGGACACAGGUCUUCACAUCUCUAAUGAAGGAUUGUAAAGAGGGCGAAAAGAAUAGUCCAGCCUCGAAAACAUAGGUUCAGAAUUUUUCCUUGUCAACUAUGUAAAACCACUUCAAUAAAGCAACGUGGUCAAUAUAUUCUGAUUAGAAAACCACUAUGGACAAGUACGAAUUGAGAAACCCCAAACAAUUGCACAUAAAUUUAAAAUAAAAAAAAAAAAACCUCCAGUGGAAUAUAUUCAACAAUUUUGUUUUUGGUCAGUAUUAAGAAAAAACAGACUUGGCUGCAUUCAGUUUCUACAGGACACUGAAUGUAUCAUUUUUUUGCAAAUAAUGGAUCUUAUUUAAUAUUAGAUUAUAUUUAAUGCAAUAAAAUUUGUAACAUAACUUUUACUUGGUACACUACAUUUUGAAGAAUAUGUUUUUAAAACUACAGAUGCACUUUUUCUUAAUUUUGUUUAAAAGUGCAAACACUUAUACAGGGUGGUGAAAAACUGCAUUCUGAACCAAACUGUUACAAUUGUAAUCUAGACACGUAAACAGUUUUAAAGGGACACUGAACCCAAAUUUCUUCUUUUGUGAUUCAGAUAGAGCAUGCAAUUUUAAGCCACUUUCUAAUUUACUCCUAUUAUCAAUUUUUCUUCAUUCUCUUGGUAUCUUUAUUUGAAAUGCAAGAAUGUAUGUUUAGAUGCCGGACCAUUUUUGGUGAACAACCUGGGUUGUCCUUGCUGAUUGGUGGAUAAAUUCAUCCACCAAUAAAAAAAGUGCUGUCCAGAGGUCUGGAACCAAAAAAGCUUAGAUGCCUUCUUUUUUAAAUAAAAAUUGCAAGAGAACGAAGAAAAAUUGAUAAUAGGAGUAAAUUAGAAAGUUGCUUAAAAUUGCAUGCUCUAUCUAAAUCACUAAAGAAAUAAAUUGGGUUCAGUGUCCCUUUAAGCUUGUAAGGACCAAAUAGACAGACAUGUUAUGGGUAAAUCUAGAAGAUUGUUCACAUCUUUGUUGAGAAAAACUGACGUUAAUUGCCCAUGGUCCAGCCCCAGCUGCUAAAAGGGUAAAAGUCAUUAGAGGGAAACAGUGAACAGGGUGUUCUAAGCACUUGUUACUGUGAAACACGACAAACCGUUAGUGCUAUUCUAUCUUUCUGUAGUUUGAGCUGCUACGCUUACAAGAGCAGACAUAAGUCGCGGUCAUCAUCUUUUUUUGUAGAUGAUUGAUAGAUUUCUUAACUCCUGGUAAAUGAAUGUGGUAUCUGGAUACCUGGGUUUAAUCUAACUUUUAUUAUUUGUUAAUAAAUCUUUGUUAAAGGGAUACUGUACUGUGAUAUUUUGUCCCCUUACUAUAUUCCCACUUCUUAUACCAGCUGCAGGGUUUUUAAUGUAUUAGAAAUUGCUAUUUUAGGUUGCCUUUGCACACUGAAACUACCACCCAUUGUUCUCAAGAACAUGCCUAUUAAAAUGGGCCUAGUCUGCAGGAAGAGCAGACCUCAUUAUCUUCUCUUAGGCACUAUACACAAAGCCAGUAUAUAGGGAUUUAAAUGUUCAUUUUAGUCGGUUGUUCCAUUGAGUUAAACCAGAUAUUUCAGUUGGAAAAUAAACCUAAAGGAUAAGUGUCAUACAUAUUGUGAGACAGGCUACUGAGCACACAGUAAGGGGAAUAGAAGAUUACAGUACAGUCUUUCUUUAAGCAAGAUAACUUGUACUGAUGGAUCUGAAUCUAAUGCCUGCUCUCCAAGUGGGUUUUUGUGUUUAGAAAAGGCUAGAGGGCAUUACAAAGCUACCAUUGUUAUAAACUAAACUAAAAUAGAUAGGUCUUGUUAAUUGCAGGAUUCAUGCAUCCACAUAUAUUGGGAAAUGUGUCAAAAGUUGCAAAAGGGCAUUAUGAUAUUAAGGCACCGGUUUAAAUAACUAUUACAUCAUUCCCUUUAAAUGCAGAGUAAUCAUAACAUUAAUUCCUGUUCUAAUUUAAAGGGACAGGAAACCCCAAAACGUUCUUUCAUGACUUGGAUAGAACAUACAAUUUUAAACAACUUACCAAUCUACUUCUACUAUCAAAUUUGCUUCAUUAUCUUGUUAUCCUUUGCUGAAGGAUCCGCAUUGCACUACUGGCAGCUAGCUGAACAUAUCUAGUUAGCCAAUCACAAGAGACAUAAUGUGAGCAGGCACCAAUCAUCAGCUAGCUCCCACUUGUGUAAGAUGUGCGUAUUUUCAACAAGGGAUACAAAGAGAACAAAGCACAUUUGAAAAUAGUGAUUGUAAAAGUUUCUUAAAAUAACAUACUCUUUCUGAAUCAUGCAAGUUUAAUUAUACUCUUUCCUAUCCCUUUAAUACAUGUCCUUUUUACGUUGCAUCAAAUUGCUCAGAUGCUCCGUUAACAGUGUUUAGCUUAGGGCUAACCAAAAAAAAUGCUGAUCGUGCGCGUACAGAAUUAGUUCAAGGGAGCAAAUCCCUUUACAGUGUACAGGUUAACUGAACUUAAAAACUGGUUCUGUAAUAGAUUUUUAAGCAGAGGUUCCAUUUAGGCGUAAAACCAGCUGUAGUUUUAGGCUUGUUAUCAUUUGCCAACAUUUUUGUGGCAUGUUUAAAAGCUGAAACGUACAAAUAAAUAACAAAAACGAAGCCACAGCAUUCCAUUACCGUCAUCAGAUGAUUAUGUUGUUACUUCCUGAUUGUUAUUCAACAGUAUUCAAUGACUGCUGCAUAACACUAGCAAAGCAACUGAUACUUGUUGUCCUUUAUGUUUUAAGUGCUCUAAAUUACAAAAGUGUAUUUUUAAUAUAUAUAUAUAUAUAUAUAUAUAUAUAUAUAUAUAUAUAUAUAUAUAUUUACUUUGUUUGUCUGCGUAAAUGAAAACCUGUCUAUAAAACUAAUAUUUGUUGUGCAAUACUGAAAUCGAAACAGGUUUUAUAGUCGCACCUUUUUUUCAAGGGUCUCUUCCGUUUGUUUUGCGUCAAAAACUGUUCCAGCAGCCUAGAUAACAUAUACAGAUGCAGUUUUUAUAGUAGAUUAUUACUAUGAUAAACUGAAUUGCGAUCUUAAAGUGAUGGCAAACUUUACAUGAUUUAAGCUCAGGUCGGAAAUCUAAGCAAUAUUUUAAAUGGACUUUAAUUGAUCACUUCUAAUCAAGAUGCGCUGUAACUUACUUUUUAAUCUAGCUGUGUCUAAUACCCUGCGCUACGGCCGCCCACUUCAGAAUUUUUUUUUUCUUGAGAGCCAACGGUUUGAAAUUGUUCUCCAAAUCGGUGCUCUAGCUACAAAAAAGUGUUGUACCUUAUCUAGAUCAUGGGUUUGAGAAUAGUUCAAACCGUUAGUUCACAAAAAAUAGUUUUGAAGUGGGCUGCCGGAGCACAGAUUAUUACAAUGGCACAGCUAGAUUAAAAAGUAAGUUAUAUCGCAUCUUUAUUAAAACUCAGUGAUCAGAGAGCGCCACCUAGUGUCUGGAUAUACGUAAAAAAAGAUCCUCAUAUUUGGAAUAGGUUACUACAACAUAUAUAUAAAAGUUUAUUUUUAUAUUUUAUUUAUUGCUAACCUAAAAUUUGUAUAGUGCUGUUUUUUUUAUUUUGCAAUUCUGCAUCUUUAUUAAAAGUGAUCAAUUAAAGUCCCUGUAAAAUAUUGUUUAAAUUCCGGAGCUUAUUUUACCAUCACUUUAACUCUGUGAUCGUCUAACUUUUUUGAUAAAUAAUCUACAAGUUGCUAAAAAUGUUUAGUUUUUUUCUAACUUGUUAAGCAAAUGGUUUUUGAUAUUACAUUGUGUUCAAUGGUUGUGGCUUUGUCAGUUUCUCCCUUUUUGUGUGUAGGACAAAGACGCAAACUUAAAACAGUGUAUUUUGUAUUGUGUUCAGCUAUAUGAACAGAUACUUAAUGUACAUUUUUAUAAUACUAACUAUAAAUUCAUGUUUCUGUUCCUAAACUUUUAAGUUCAGAGCUGAAAACUCAAAUGUUACAUAUAAUUUAUGUAUUUCUUUAAUGUCAUUCAAGGUAUUCCCAAUUUUGUGACUCUUGUACAGUUUUCUUACUUUUCAAGUAUGAACUUGUAUAUACAAAAUGUAAAUAGAAGGGACUUAACCUUCAUUUGAAACCACUAAAACAAUUCCCAUGUAAAUAAAACUUGGAAGCUAAA